AAUGAUUGGAAUGCAAUUCAAUUUGUUUAUUUGCUUGAAUUUACAUGCAAAUGAUUUUUUUUUUUUUAGUUUGUCUAGCCAAGGCCAUGCAAGUGCCAUGGCCAACUGACGCUCAUGUAGGUGUAUGAAAAAAAAAGAGAAAAAAGAAGAAACGCUCCAAUCGUUGCUAUUCCUGCUGCCCCACCACACCGUGUAGGUCGCGCACGCGCCAGCUUGGGGGAGAGCGCGCCCACGCGGACCCGAUGGCAGGACAGGUCAUGAGAGAGCUGAGCCGAUGAGAUCAUGGAGCCUGCGCCGAGGUCGGACAGGGUACGGCUGAGACUUCACAGUGAUGGAGAGGUGCCCGUCCGGUAAGAUAGACAGCACACGUUGAACGCACACCUGGACUCGGUGGCAUCAUUUGACAACAAUAUUUAAAGAAAAACAUGAAACUGUGCUCUUUCAGUUUGUGUGGCAGAUUAAUUAUUAUGUAAGGCACUAGCUCGAACUCAUGUAGCCGUGUGCAUAUGAGCAAGAAACUAAUCCUUCAUGCCGUGGUCGUAGUAGAGUUAUUCGGGCGUCUGUGUCCAGGCUGCGUAGUCACAUGCACAACGACCGUUUUACUCGUGCCACUCAUGAAACAUAGUGAGGUCUACUUGACAGUUUGUCCGUUAAGCUGGCGGCAUGUUGAGCUUCACGAGAGGCGGUCGUAUGGACAAUACAUUAUCAUGCAUUUGUGCUAUUGCAGUUUGGGUGGUGACUCGACUUUUCUCUUCGCGGCAACAGCUGGCUGCCAACUCAGAAAAUCCAUGAUGUCCUGCACUGUAGCUGAAACCACAAGACCUCUGGCCUCUGUGUCUAGGAGCCCUGUAGCCGACAGUCACUGCCACUUUCUUUUAAUAGGACUAAAAAAGACUCAGCCUCAAGCCCUAAACAAUCAGGAAUGGACAGGUGAAAACUGAGAGGCUGAAAGGUGGCCUUUAUUCCAAACCUUGUUAUUCAUUCUUGUUCCACAAAAUGAAAAUAUUCCCAACCUUAACAGUUUCCUUUCAUAAGUCCACUUUUGCCAUAUAAAAAAUGCCUUUAAAUAUUAGAGCCAAGCCCACGCAGAGCAAGCUGUCUGCUGGCGGAAAGAGUAGCGGGCACACUGAUGGCAGCACAUCUCAUUCACGCUUUUCAAGGUCCCCUAAACAGGGGAAAGGUAAACAGGCUGUGAGCUCAGCACCAGGCUCCCGCUCGGGGCUAGAACCAGGCUCUGUGUCAGGGGGUGUGCCUGUGCCAGCCCCUAAAUUGGCAGGAGGUCAAGGGUCAGUGUUGAGGCCAGGUUCAAAGAGCAAAGCUGCCACAGCAGCAGACAAAGGAGCAGCUCAUGGUUCAGCCACAGCACCCGGGGGUAAAACCCUGUCUAUGGAGAACAUCCAGUCUUUGAGUGCUGCCUAUGCCACCUCAGGCACCAUGUACCCCAGCGAGCGGGACUCCUUAGAACCCUCUGGUGGGUACCCCAAAGGCACCAUGACACUGGGCAGGAGCACCAGCCGCUCCUCCUACACCGGCCGGACAACAGCAAUGGGUAGCAGCCCAAACAUCACCUCCUCUGGGCUGCAUCACCCAUCAGACCCCUAUGGAGACCAAACCUUGCAUUCGGUGGGGACUUCCAGUCUGCGGCGCCAGUCUGGGCGAAAUUCACAGAUGAUGGAUUCUGGUGGACGGGGUGAGGUUUCCACAUUUGAUCUCCAGGCUCAGUUGAGGGAGCUGCAGAGGGAGAAUGACAACCUGAGGAGAGAACUAGACGGAGGGAGGGAUGGAAGGACAGGCCCUGGCGUGAACAGUGUCAACUUCUGGAGCCCCGACGUGAAGAGGGACAAGGGGGUCAGGCGGGAGGAGGGAGUGAGGACUUCGGUUCUCAAAGACCAAUACAGGACGAACCAAGAGGAUUUGCAGCAUGGGGAUAUCAGAAGAAACAAGCAGCUUCCAUUAACAGUUCAGGAGCUUCAGGAGGAGCUGAGAGCUCACAGGGAGAUGAACAGCCGUUUGCAACAACAACGACAGCAGGGGAACUCUGGCUCCUAUCGCGAACUCCAUAUGGACCAGGACCACAGAGGGGGGCUCAGUCCUGGCCACAGCCCCAGACAAAGCCCCAGCAACCUGCACAGUCCUGGACCAAAGAACAGCCCCAGAGCCAGCCCAUCCAACACUUACAAUCCAAGGCAACAGGAAGCUGACAUCAUCAUUCACAGCCCCGGCUACGGCUGUAACACUGCAGUAGCCACGCAGAGAAUCAGCCCGGCCAACACCCUUCAGCCUGGGCGAAGGAGCAGCCCAAAUCAGCCUCUUUACAGUCCUGGCCAAGGUCCGGUGGCAGCUCCCAGCUCUAGUUCCCUUCGGCCCUGCAGCCCCUGCCAGGUGCCUGGGUGUGACGGCUUCUCCUCACCCCCUCCUCUGGACCCGUCAGAGGAGAAUUUCUUCCGGCUGCAGUCGGAGCAUGAGCGGCAGGCCAAGGAGUUGUUCCUGCUGAGAAAGACCAUGGAAGAGAUGGAGAUGAGGAUCGACUCUCAGAAGCAGACACUGGGCGCCCGGGACGAGAGCAUCCAGAGGCUGUUGGAGAUGCUUCAGGGCCAAGGUCAAGGUCAGGGACAGUGGGGUCGUGGACAGCGGACAGGCAUCAUAACCAUGGCAGCGCAGGAGGCUGAAGCACAGCUGGAGAACAUGCACGUGAGAGAGGAGCUCCAUCGUCGGAACCAGCUCCAGGCUGAUCCGGCCAAGACCAGGGCUCUGCAGACUGUCAUUGAUAUGAAGAACACCAACCCCCCUUUCUGUUUUGAUCCUGACGUUAUCUGGCAGGACACCAAAAUCUCUUCCCUGGAGAGGAACAUCAGAGACUUAGAGGAUGAGGUCCAGAUGUUGAAGACCAGCGGCCUGCUGCACCCUGACGACAGGCAGGAUGAGCUCAAGCAGGUGGAGGUCUACAAGAGCCAUUCUAAAUUCAUGAAGACUAAGAUAGAGCAGCUGAAGCAGGAGCUGAACAGGAAGGAGUCGGAGAUGCAGGCCCUGCAGACCAAGCUAGAAACUCUGACCAAUCAGAACUCGGACUGCAAGCAACACAUCGAGGUGCUAAAGGAGUCACUCAGCGCCAAGGAGCAACGCGCCAGUACGCUGCAGACAGAGGUAGAUGCUCUGCGGGUGCGUCUGGAGGAGAAGGAGCAGUUCCUGACCAAGAAGACCAAGCAGCUGCAAGACCUGACUGAUGAAAAGAGCACGCUAACGGGAGAGAUCAGAGACAUGAAGGACAUGCUGGAUGUCAAGGAAAGGAAGGUUAAUGUCCUGCAGAAGAAGAUUGAGAACCUGUUGGAGCAGUUAAAGGAUAAGGACAAACAGCUGGCUGGGUUGAGGGAAAGGGUUCAGGGCCUCCAAACUGACUCCAGCAAUACAGACACGGCCCUGGCCACGCUGGAGGAGGCUCUGUCAGAGAAGGAGCGAGUGAUUGAGAACCUCCGGGAGCAGAGAGAGCGGGAGGACAGGGUUCGGCUGGAGGACCUGGAGCAGAUGAGGAAGGAGAACCAGGAACUGAAGGACAAACUCUCUGCCCUGCAGCCCCAAAAACUGUCCCAGAGCCCGGCCCCCAACCCCAGCCCAACCCAAAACCAGAGACCCGAUGGAGAGGUGCCAGCCAAAGUAGAUGGGCUACCAGCAUUGAGCCCCACGACCCAAAACACAGAAGAAGCAGUCAGGAAGUGUCCAGACAUCACAGAUCGUCUGAGGCUUCUGGAGCAGGAGGUUGCCCGCUACAGAGAGGAAUCUGGGAAGUCGCAAGCCGAGGUGGAGAGGCUAAUGGCUGCGCUGAGGGACGCUGAGAUGGACAAAUCGUGCAAGGAGAAGAAAAUUGCAGAUUUUGAGAGGCAAAUGAAGUCUCCUAACAUCCAGAAGCAGACAGUUCCAGCUGAGAUGAGGAAAGAUGCCCUGACUGAUGGACAUCCGCACUCUUUAUCGCAGCUGGAGGAGCUGAUGGGAGCUUUGGAGAAGACGCGACAAGAGCUGGACGCCACCAAGCUCCGUCUGUCCUCCACUCAGCAGUCCCUGCAUGAAAGAGAUGGACACCUCAACAGCCUCCGCCAGGAGAGACGCAAACAGCUGGAGGAGAUUCUGGAGAUGAAGCAGCAAGCUUUGCUGGCAGCCAUCAGUGAGAAGGACGCUAACAUUGCCCUGCUGGAGUUAUCCUCCUCCAAACGGAAGAAAGCCCAAGAGGAAGUGAUGGCUCUGAAGAGGGAGAAAGACAGGCUCAUGCACCAGCUCAAACAGCAGACUCAGAGCAGAAUGAAGCUGAUUGCGGAUAACUACGAGGAAGACCACAUCCACCCCCAACAUCAUCCCCACCAUGCCCACCACUUGCAUCCAGCAAACGUGCAUCACAGAGGCCUGCCAAGAGGGCCCCCCCACGCCAACCACCGACCUCCUAUGGACCAGGAUGAUGAAGAAGGAAUAUGGGCAUGAUGACCAUCACCAUGGGAACCCUACCUCCAUUUUCUCAUACUGCUUGUAGAGCCAAGUACCAAGAGGUUCGAGAGCUUCAACUGCAAGCGUACACACUCAACCAGCCUGUACCUCCCCUACAUCAUGACGGCCAGACAUACACGCAAACAGAUACACACACUCCAGGACCCACCAUUUCAGUGUAUUGUGGUCAAGCUCAGUGCUCGGUCGGUCAGAAAUAUUCCACCUCACAGAUGAAUGUUACCUUCGCUGACAUGCACAGUGCCCCCCCCCCCCCAUCAGUCAGUCAUCUGUGCGCAGCUUCAAGGUAUUGGCAAGCGGUCCACUGCCUUGAUUUCCCUCGCUGUUUCCAAUACACUGGGAGCUGGAUUCAUUUUACAGUACCACGGUGCUACGGAGUCCUGGCUUCACAUCAACCAACAGUAACCAUUGUUGACUACUAGUGUGACUGAGCUGAGCCAGCGGAACUAGCCGUAACACCCCCACCCCCCACCCCCCAUGCCAAUGCUGGACUAGUUUGUGAUGGCAUGAAUGUGUUUACUUCUGCAGCUAAUCAUCAGACUUUUGUAAAUAUCACAACAUGGACCUCAAAAAAAUCCACAAUCCACAGAGACCUUCUCAA